GUGUCCUCCCAACCAAAAUUGACCGCUACCUCUCGUCAACUGCCGACUUCCCUCACAGUUACAGUAACGGAAUCGUCUAAAUUCAUGGACAUUGUGAAACCUUCAACCCCUCUCGUAUCAUUUCUCCAACGUCUUCAACAAACCGCAUUCCACACAUUCAACGAUCCUAAAUUCGACCCCAAAACCUACGUCGAUUUACCUCUUAAAUUUCCUCUUUCUGUAACCGAACUCGCCUUCCAGAAUCUUCCCAAAUCAUCCACCGCUUCUGUUUCUGUUGACGAUUUGAAGCAUUUUAUUGGUGAGUAUUUUCAAGGUGCAGGCGAUGAUUUGGUGUACUUUCAUCCAGAGGAUUUUGUUCCCGAGCCUGAGGGUUUUUUGCCCAAAGUGAAGAACCGUGAGGUCAGAGAUUGGGCGCUUAAGGUUCACUCUCUUUGGAAAAACUUGAGUAGGAAGGUAUCUAGUGAGGUCAACACUCACCCUAGUUAUCAUACUCUUCUUCCUGUUCCUGGUAAUGUUGUUAUUCCUGGUUCGCGGUUUCGGGAGGUUUAUUAUUGGGAUUCUUACUGGGUCAUUAGAGGGUUGUUGGCGAGUAAAAUGUAUAAGACUGCUAAAUCUAUUGUCCUCAAUCUCAUUUCAUUCAUUGAUGAAUAUGGGUUUGUUCUCAAUGGUGCUAGAGCAUACUACACUAACAGGAGCCAACCUCCUCUUUUAAGCGCUAUGAUUUAUGAGAUAUACAGUAUCACCGGUGAUGUAGAAUUAGUUAAAAGAUCGUUACCUGCACUACUGAAAGAGUAUGAGUUUUGGAAUUCAGAUGUACAUAAAGUGACUGUUUCGGAUGCUCAAGGUUGUACUCACACGUUAAAUCGCUAUAACGCAAGGUGGAACAAACCUAGACCCGAAUCGUCCACAACGGACAAAGCAUCUGCUUCCAAGUUUUCGACUGCUUCAGAAAAACAACAUUUUUACCGUCAACUGGCAUCAGCUGCAGAAUCAGGAUGGGAUUUCAGCACAAGAUGGAUGAGACACCCUCCUAACUUCACAACAUUGUCUACAACGUCAGUGAUACCUGUUGAUUUAAAUGCAUUUAUACUUGGGAUGGAACUUAAUAUUGCCUUCUUUGCAAACGUUACCGGAGAUAAUAGCACUGCCAAACACUUCCUGCAAAUUUCUGAUGUUAGAAAGGAGGCAAUGAACUCUUUUUUCUGGAAUGCAAACAAGAAACAGUGGUUUGAUUUCUGGCUCAGCGAUGCCAAACCUGAGAAGGUGCAUGUUUGGGAUACUCUUCACCAGAAUCAAAAUGUAUUUGCUUCCAAUUUUGUUCCUCUGUGGAUGAAGCCAUUUUACUCAGAUGCUACACUUGUGACAAAUGUUCUCAAAAGUCUCAAAACUUCUGGCCUUCUUCAUGCCGCUGGAGUUGCAACUUCUUUGACUAAUUCAGGACAGCAGUGGGACUUUCCGAAUGGUUGGGCUCCACUUCAACACAUGUUAGUUGAAGGCCUUGUAAAAUCAGGGUUGGAAGAAGCAAGGUCAUUGGCUGAAGAAAUUGCCAUCAGAUGGAUCACAACAAAUUAUAUUGUUUACAAAAAAACUGGUGUAAUGCACGAAAAGUUUGACGUUGAGAAAUGCGGAGAAUUUGGAGGUGGAGGUGAAUACGUACCUCAGACUGGUUUUGGCUGGUCGAAUGGAGUUGUGUUGGCAUUCCUGGAAGAGUUUGGAUGGCCUGAAGAUCGUAAUAUAGAAUGCUGA